AUGCUGCCGCCCGACGAACGGGAGCAAUGGCGGAAGCGCAGCGAGCUCACCUUCGCCCUGGUCAGCUUUGCGCUCGGCCCCAGCAACGUGGUCACGUUUCCCUACCUCAUCUACGACAAUGGAGGAGUGGUGUUCGUGGUGGUGUACGCCUUUCUCUUGGCGACCGUGGGCUUGUCCAUGCUCUACCUCGAGACCUUCCUGGGACAGUUCUCUGGAUGGUCUGUCCCGCAAGCCUUCGGCGGAUUCCCCAUGGCCAAAGGGCUCGGCUGGACCAUGGCGUACACGGCGGUGCUGCUGAGCGUGUUCCAGUCGCCCUUUAUGGCCUACUGCCUCAUCUACAUCAUCGAGUGCUUCUCGCCGCAACUUCCCUGGGAGUCGUGCCCGGGAGGAGGACGGGGAGGCGCAGCAGCGGUCUCCGGGGCGGCGGACAACAGCUCUUCCCUGCCCGCUUCCUCCGGCUACAGUAGUUUCAGCGAUGGCUGCUACGAGAUCGGGCACGGCCUGCACCCGUGCGCGCGCGUCAACGCGACCUUGGCGAGGCGCUACUCGUCGGCCAACUACUCGGGCAGAGGCGCGGUGACCGUGCAGGCGCCCAGCGGCCGGGUGGUGACCGUCCCCAUAGCCGAGUACGAGGCGCUGCGCAACAACUGCAUCAACGGCACCCUGUCCUCGCAGGAGUACCACUUCCGGAAAGACGUUCUACACCUGAGCUCCAGCAUCGACGAGUUAGGCGCCAUCCAGGUGACCGUGGCCGUCGGCAUCGCCUGCUGCUGGUUCCUCGUUUUCCUCAGCGUCAGCAAGGGGCCUCAAUCAUUGGGCAAGGUUCCAGUUCGGCCACAGCUCUCGUGUUCUAAUUACUUUUGCCCGCACUGGUACCCGCACGUGUGA